AAAAAGUCUUGCUGGUUUACAUCUUGACAUUAACAAAAAAAAAAAAAAAAAAAAAAAAAAAACAGAUGGCCAAGCUGCAAUCAAGAUGGGCUCAUGCUUCUGAGGUUACAGCACUAGCUUUUGUACCUGACGGGAGUUAUAUCGUAGCCACGGCGGAUGAUUUUGCGUUGCAUCUAUUUUCACAAAAGGAAGGAAAACCAGCCCGUCAAGCAGAACCAAUUGAAUCAACUGAAGGAGCAACAUGUAUUGCGGUCACUCAAGAAAACAUUUAUGCAGGGUCACGCGAUGGUGUUAUCCGACAAUACGAUAUAAAACUACAGGAAUUCAUGGGCAUUAUCGUCAGGUGCAAUUUAGCUGUCAGAUGUCUUGCUCUAUCCAAGAAUCAGAAACUAUUGGGAAUCGGCACAGAGGAAAACGAAAUCAAGAUUAUCAACUUGGAAGAUCCAGAAGAAUGUUUCCCACUUCAAGGACAUAAAAAGGCAAUCAACGCUAUAGCAUUCGAUCCACUCGCUGAAUAUAUGUUGUCAUCAAGUUGUGAUGGAACAGUUAUCGUUUGGGACAUGAAGACAAAAAAAUCUGCACCAUUAGAAAUUAUCACCGUCAUGGCACCAACCAGCACAGAAUCCAAAUACAAGAUCCCUAUUGCAUGGCAUACGUCUGGAGAGUUUUUUGUCAUUGGCAGAGAUAAAGACAUCACUGCACAUCAUAGACAUACAUGGCAAAAAUCGUUUACUUAUCGCUCAGGAUCCUCAGCUGCUCCAACAAUCCUUGCUUGGUCGCCCAAUGGCCGAUAUCUCGCUGCUGCUUCAAUAGAAACUGAUAUUUGGAUUUGGAAGUACAAAGAGAAGGAGCAACCACAUAUCAAGCAUACACAUAAAACUGGAGUCACUGACCUUACAUGGAGUCCGAGUCGAAAUUGCCUCGCCUUUGCCGAUGCUGCAGGCGAGGUAACAUACUGGGAAGAGGUCAUUGAGGACGGAACGCCCUUGAAGGAACCAACGCCAGACCCUUUAAAAGGACUCUUUGAUGAGCCCACAGCUAGAGGCAAUGAAAUUGGAGCUCAAGAGACUGAAGGUGCUCAAAAGGAUCAUGAUAUGGGUGACCUGGCUCAAGAGUAUUUAAGUGACAAUGAGUCACUCCGAGAUUUUAUCGUUGAUGACGAAAAUGACCCCUAUUUGCAAAAGAAGGCAUCCACAGGAGCUCAGAAAUCUGGCGCACUAGGAAUGCGUGUGGCUAAGGCGUUGCAUCCCCGAUUUCAGCCAGGCUCCACCGCUGAACGAGAUAAACGGCGGUAUCUCGCGUUCAACCUUUUGGGCCUCAUUACCACAGUUGAUCAUGGGAAUCACGCUACAGUAUCCGUGGAGUUUCAUGACAAGCUCACCCACCGUGGUUACCACUUUACGGAUGGAUCUCAUUAUACGAUGGCUUGUCUCGGCAUGACCGGAGCCUUGUUCGCAGCCCCAGAAAGAGCAGAAACUCCAAGUACAGUCUUUUUCAGGACAUAUGACAGCUGGGCCACCAAAUCAGAGUGGCAGAUUUUUUUGCCGGAAGGAGAGGAUGUUACGGCGAUCGCACUCAACGCAGAGUCAGCGAUUGUAUCCACAUCCCGUGGGUUUGUUAGGAUCUUCUCGCAGAGCGGCAUUCAGACUGGUCUAUUCAGUCUUGGCUCUGUUAUUGCUGCAGUAGGAAAGGAUGAUAUGGUCUUUUUUAUAUACCAUCAAGGCGAGCCUUUUGAAGGGUCACAAAAUUUGGGCUACUCUAUUUACAACGUAGAGACUGCACAGAGAAUACAACAUGGGUUGCUUCCAGUUCUGGAUGAUACAAUAAUUACAUGGCUAGGGUUUUCUGAAGGAGGCAUUCCAGCAUUUUAUGACGAUAAAGGCGUCAUGUAUAUUCUCAACUACUAUCGUAGAGUUGAUCAAGGACAGUGGACCCCUAUCUUGGACACUACUGCCGUUCAAAACACUGAGUCUGAUACAAACAAUGUACCACAUUACUGGCUCGUUGGCCUCACAGACCAGACAGCUACGUUUGUCAAGUGCAGGAGAGGCGAAACAGAGCCAUCCUUCCCAAAGCCAUUUGUGACUGAGCUUCCGCUCAAGGUGCUUACACUUCAUCAGGACACCCCAGCGGGACAGCAUGAGGAGGCAUGGCUUCGUAAUAAGAUCCUGUCGGGACUCAAUAAGGAUGAGAAGAUUGCUAGAUCGAUUGAAUCUAUUGAUAAUUCAGCCGCGAAAAGAGAGCUAGAGAUGGAUAAGCUUGCUUUACAAAUGAUUGAUCUGGCUUGUAGAGCUGAUCGGACGCAAAAAGCACUGGAUUUGACAGCUAUGCUUUGCAGCUUGAAAUCGAUUGAUAAUGCCAUGAAGAUCGCACAACAUCACAGCCUCCACACACUCAUGGAGCGAAUGAGCAGAGUCAAGGAAAUCAAAGUAAGAAGGACCAGGACAGCUUUAAGAUCUCGUCUAGAGAAGAGGAAGAGGAUCAAGUAAUAUCCAGAAAGCCAUUACAGCGACAGGAAAACAUCAAACCAAAUGACCCCUUUGGUAGACGUGUAGUGAAGAGUAAUCAAAACAGCACGGCAAAGACUGCUAGUGGUGGUAAUGGGGGAACCGGAGUGGGGGUGGCUGCAAAUCCAUUCAAGAAGAAAAGUCAUUUGGAUGGGUCAGGAAGCAGUGGCUCCAAAGCAUUUGGGGUGGUAGCAU